GAUUCUAUGGGCUCUAAUGGUCCAGGGGCUCUAUAUUUCAACUAGAGGAAAAGAGGUAGUCCUCCGCAUAAUAAAACCAAUGCCAUGAAAACCUUAAGUCGUCACUGUUUACGCAGCAAAUCAAGCCGAUCUCCCGUUUUUAAACCUCGAGGUGGCCACAAUCCCGCCCUCCACCCACUCUCCACUCUCCGCGAACAAUCCCUCCUUGUUAUUUGCCCCCUCCUCCUUUUUCCUAACUCCCUCCCUCUUUCCUCCCUCUCCCUCCACGUCCUUCCUAUUUCAUCCUCCCCUACAUUCAUUCACAAUGGCGGCCGCUACCGAUAAGACGCUCCCCAUCGACCCCAAGUACGACAACUACGACUUCCCAACCACCGCGCCGGAGAAGCAAGAUGGCCACCCCGGCCACACCACCCCGGAACAGGAUGCGAAGGUUUACCAGCUGCGGACAAUGCUCGAGCAGCUCGGCUACACGGAGCGAUUGGAUACUUUGACUCUGCUGCGAUUCCUGCGCGCCCGCAAGUUCGAUGUUGAGGCGGCCAAGGCUAUGUUUGUGAACUGUGAGGAGUGGCGCAAGAAGUUUGGCACGGAUGACCUGCCCAAGACUUUCGAGUACCCCGAGAAGGCCGAAGUGUUUAAGUUCUACCCUCAAUACUAUCACAAGACCGACAAGGAUGGCCGCCCCGUCUACAUCGAGAAGCUAGGCAAGAUCAACCUUGACGAAAUGUACAAAAUCACCACCGGCGAGCGCAUGCUGCAGAACCUGGUCACCGAGUACGAGAAGCUGGCCGACCCCCGUCUGCCCGCCUGCUCCCGCAAGGCCGGCAAGCUCCUCGAGACUUGCUGCACCAUCAUGGACCUGAAGGGCGUUGGUAUCACCAGCAUCCCCUCCGUCUACGGCUACGUCCGCCAGGCCUCCGAGAUCUCCCAGAACUACUACCCCGAGCGCCUGGGCAAGCUGUACCUGAUCAACGCGCCUUGGGGCUUCAGCAGCGUCUUCUCCGUCGUCAAGGGCUUCCUCGACCCCGUCACCGUGAACAAGAUCCACGUCCUCGGCUCCGGUUACCAGAAGGAGCUCCUCGCCCAGGUCCCUGCCGAGAACCUCCCCGCCGAGUUUGGCGGUUCCUGCAAGUGCGAGGGCGGCUGCGAGUUGUCCGAUAUGGGCCCCUGGCAGGAGUCCGAGUGGGCUCGCCCUCCCGCGUGGGCCACCACUGCUCCUAAGAAGGAGGGUGAGGAGGCUGUCAUUCAGAACGAGGAUCCCGGUUACGAGAAGAAGGAUACUGAGGGUCAGGAAGGUGCCCAGGCUAGCGCGUAAGCGUGAGUGGGGGGCUGGGAAAGCAAAUUCAAAGCAAUUUAUAGAGAACGUUUUUAUUCCAUUCUUUCGCUUCGCCUCCUCGCAUUCGUCCGGAGCAUAUCCAGUCUUGCUCUGUUUCUGAGCCCACCCCAUCCUUCAAAUUUUUUACCCCAUUUCGUUCGUACCGAAACAUUCGAAUCCGCCCUUUUGGAAAUGAAAUAGGAAAGAGAGAAAAGAGAGAGAGACGCAAUCACCCAGACUAGCGAGAGUUUGGAUGGAAACAUCUUGUCCAUGAGCGAUCUUCCGUCUCAUCUGUCUUUUUUAAGAUCAACUGGAA